GGGUGGCUGCUGGAGAGUGGGCAAAUACACGAUUUUACCAAAUACAAACAAGACAUUUAUACAAAUGUAAAGAGAAAGAACGAAGAAAGAGCUGUGUGUAUUGUUUCCUUACAUUUAAAGCCUCUGGAAGACUCCCAGAGGAACCACGAGAAGAAUCAGCUCACUCCGCCUCCCUCUUCCCUCCCUUCACUCUCUGUCUCACCCAGCACUCUCAGCCAUCCAUGAGUGGGACCAACUCCUCUGCCUAUCGAUCGGAGCGGAGUUUCCACCAGACCUCGUCCUCAUCCUCUGGUAACCCAUACAUGGAGAAGAGCCGGGGACUGUUCGCUGAGGACUUUGGUUCCUUCAUGCGGCCCGGGAGCGACGCCUUGGGCUUUUCCAGUGGAUCCGGAAAUAUCAAGACUCUUGGGGAUUCGUACCAGUUCACAGUUGACGUGCAAGACUUCUCCCCUGAAGAUGUCAUCGUCACCACAUCCAACAACCAGAUUGAAGUUCGUGCAGAAAAGUUGGCUCAGGAUGGUUCGGUCAUGAACAAUUUCACACACAAGUGCCAGCUACCCGACGAUGUGGACCCCACCUCAGUGACAUCUUCACUGGGCGCCGAGGGGACCCUAACAGUCACGGCACGGCGACACCCGGCCAAACACGAGCUCGUACAGACCUUCCGCACCGAGAUAAAGAUCUAGAGGGGGACCCAGCUUGCGCAUCACACGCCUCUUGUUUUGUGUUUUUAUGCUACUUCCUAAAUUUCCUGUCUUCACUUAAACCAUUCUACUUUUAAACACUCAACAAAGUUGUCACUGUGCUCUGUGAAACACGUCAUGUUCUCCCUCCGUGACUGAAACACUGCCUGAUGCUGCUCAUCUGUAUUCUGAGUUAGUUCACCAUACACAGCAGCGAGAGGUCCCACCUGCAUGUAACAUAUUGAGACACGGGGGUUGGACAUGUACAGCAUUCUCUCUCACACCCACACACACACACACACACACACACACACACACACACACACACACCCACACACACACUAAUUAACUGAUCGGUUCACCACUUUACUCCUGUCCUCUAACACAGUUCUAAAAUAGGCUGAAUUGAUGGUUGCCACGUAAAUAAUAACUUAUUGUAUAUUAUUAUUUGUGUGAAUUAAAUGAUCCUGCUUUGACAAUAAA